UGCAGAGAUAGUAGGAGCUGCAGAAACGUUAGCUUUCCUGCACCUCUGAUGCUGCUUGGCCUGUUUUCUUCAGCCAGCUGUACACCUUGUUAUCUCAGAUUCUGCGGUGCAACGUGAGGAUAAACAUUGCCGCGCCUGCGCAGAAUAAAGCGUGCGCCGUAACAGUUACGGAAAACGGCGUCGCGCCUGCGUAGAAAAGUAAUUGUGGGAACAACGGAAAUAGCGCGAGUCGGAGUGUGGGCCUGAGGUGCUGACCGUCCUCGUUCGCAGCAGCGCUGCCUACAGAUUCUGCUCAAAAUGCCAGCUCUUAGUUGUCGGUUUUACCAACACAAGUUUCCAGAGGUAGAAGAUGUGGUGAUGGUAAAUGUCCGCUCCAUUGCGGAGAUGGGUGCCUAUGUCAGCCUUCUAGAAUAUAACAACAUUGAAGGCAUGAUUCUUCUAAGUGAACUUUCAAGAAGGCGUAUCCGAUCUAUCAACAAACUGAUUCGAAUUGGUAGAAAUGAAUGUGUUGUUGUAAUCCGAGUCGACAAAGAGAAAGGUUACAUUGAUUUGUCAAAGCGCCGGGUUUCGCAAGAAGAAACUAUAAAAUGUGAAGACAAAUUUACCAAGUCCAAGACUGUAUAUAGCAUUUUGCGACAUGUGGCAGAGGUGCUCGAAUAUACUAAAGAUGAGCAGCUGGAUAGUCUGUUUCAGAGAACUGCCUGGGUCUUUGAUGAGAAGUACAAGAGGCCUGGAUAUGGAGCUUAUGAUGCAUUUAAACAUGCAGUUUCAGACCCAACAAUUCUUGACAGUCUUGAUUUGACAGAAGAAGAGCGGGGUGUUUUACUGGAAAAUAUCAGACGACGUCUCACUCCACAGGCUGUUAAAAUUAGGGCAGAUAUUGAAGUUGCAUGUUAUGGAUACGAAGGAAUUGAUGCUGUCAAAGAGGCACUUAGAGCUGGUUUAGAAUGUUCUACUGAAUUGAUGCCCAUUAAGAUAAAUCUGAUAGCUCCUCCAAGAUAUGUUAUGACAACCACAACGCUUGAGCGUACAGAAGGCCUUUCCAUUUUAAACCAAGCCAUGUCUGCCAUUAAAGAGCGGAUUGAGGAGAAAAGGGGAGUGUUCAACAUCCAGAUGGAGCCCAAGGUGGUUACAGAUACUGAUGAGACUGAGCUGGCAAGACAACUUGAGCGACUGGAGCGGGAAAAUGCUGAAGUUGAUGGUGAUGAUGAUGCUGAUGAAAUGGAAGCAAAAACUGAGGAGUAACUAACUGCUGGCUACUGGACGUUGAUGAGGAAAGAACAAAACUCCAUUCGUAAUACAGACUCCAAAGUUAUCAGUAUUGGAUGUACCCAAAAGACUUCAAGCAAGAGUAUUUGAUUUUUCAUUUACAUAGAUUGUAAUCGGUAAUUGUUCUGAUACUUUUCUUCAGUUCCAAAUAGAAAAUGUUCCAGGCUCUUUCCACAGUUUGUGAUUGGGAAUUUUUCUGUCAUCCUUUAUUUCUUGUUUGGAACACGAGUCAACAUUUUUGGACUAUAAACUAUGACAACCACUAACAAACCCCCCCACACCUCCCCCACUGCCGCCAAAAGAAAAACACUUAGAAAUUGCAAAAUAUUAAUCAUCCUGGAGUUCUGCGAGAAUGUGUGGUUCUGUGGGAAUGAAGAAAAGGCUUUUUGAGCAAGAUUGUAUUCAAAACAUUUAGCAAAAAAUCAAUAAACAUUAGUAAAAUGAAUAA